UGUCCUCCCCUGAUCCGUAUUGUGUUUAUUCGAUAUGACACAGAGUAGACUCGCUAGGAUCUACAAGUAAAACUACACACCAAGCAUGAAACCGUUUAAAGGCUCCGGACUUGCAUUUGUGACCGCACUGAUUCUCAUCAUUGACACUCAAAGUUAUGGCUUAUCCUUACAAAAGGAGCAGAUUUUUUGUGAUCCUAUGGAACACAAGUAUUAUCUAGCACAGUUUGGGGUAUGUAGUGACUGUGACAAAUGCUUUCCUGGUGAUGAGAUCAAGCCACUCGAGGGUGCUAGUCUUGGUAUCGGUCUCCAUGGUGCCACAGUGUGCCUGGGAUGUCAGCAAUGUAGCGAAGGCACGUUCAAUUCCGAACAAAACCUACAGUGGUACUGUAGUCCCUGUACAGUGUGUGCCGACCUGGGUAUGAUAGAGACUGACCCGUGUACCCCAAUACGUGACACGAUAUGUAGCGAUACUCCACCUGAUAUUCAGCCUAAAUCGAAUGGCAUAAAAAACAGCUCUACGGUUGUACCAUAUAAAGACAGAGGCAACCAAGAAGACUUUCGUUUUUAUGCAGAGUUUCUGGCCAUAACCGCGCUGUCACUUACCUUUGUAAUCAGUCUAGGUAUAGCGGUCUACUGCUUGUUGAGGAAGAAAAACAGAAGGAUACUCGUCACUGCAAAGAAAUUAACCAGGUUUCAGGCUGUGCCUAAAGCUGAUGUAUGUGUUCGUACGGAUUCUUGUUUACACGACAUACAGGAAGAACACUCGGGAGGUGAAGAUGCCGCUUUAAUUCCCCCGUGUAAACACAGUGACACUUCUAAAAGAAAAAAGACGGGAAAGAUCAGUAACAAUUUACGCGAGCUUCAAGACCCGAACUUACGAAGACGUCGAAAAUCCUGUCAACCUGACUACCUAAGAUGUGAUAGAGUGGAACCAAUCGUUGUGCCCACUUGUCCCCCUGAAACUGUGGGACGAGGUUUCCGCAUACAACGACUCAAAUCUUUACCAGUAACACUACCAGAGUUAGACGACUGCAAAUCUUCAUUUUGUAAACGGGCACCGUCCGAUGAUUUUAUCCGGUCGUUGUCCAUAUCACUCGCUGGAGACAGGGCUUACCGUGACUUUGCAAAGGAAGCCGGUCUUGAGGAGUUCAAUAUCAAAUUAUCGGAAACUGACUUUGAGGAUAAACCAAUUGCGGAGGUUUCUUACCAGGUCAUCAAAAGGAUUUUUCAGAAACGACCACACCUGAGUGUGAUUGACGUCUAUGAUAUUCUAGACAAACUAGGAUUUCAAGAACGACAUAAAUUAUUAGAAGAAAACAUUGAAAAAUUCAAAAUAUCCCGGACGUGAUUAGGUAUAUUCAAAAUGUUAAAAUGUUGUUUCGUUACACACUUUAAAUACUGUCUUAAAGCAUCCAAUAUACUAUUAAUGAAGGACAUUCAUUAACAUAAUAUAUCAUCAAGGUGCAUACAUUGAACUAAUAUAUUUAUGCGUAUAAUGUAUUAAUAAAGAAUAUUUUUGA